CUCAAUGCAAAUUACAAAUUUCAUCAAAUUAAAACCAUAUUCAUAUUUAAUUGUAUUACAUCUUAAAUUCAUAAUAUAAUUUUAUUAAUUGAUUUACAUUUCAUUUUCUUGAUAAUAUGAAAUACUUACAAAAUUUUGAAACCCGAAUUACGAGACGUCAUGAUAUUUUCACUCUUAUAACCGACUGAAAAUACAUAAACGUUUUUACGCCAUACUUAUUAAUUUUAAUUUAAAAUGGGCCGAGCCUUUCGGAUCCGUCAACGAAAGAAACGGAAUCAGCCACCAGUGAACAUCAUCCGUGAUACUGAAGUAGAAGACCUGUGCAAGUGGAUGAGCGUUAAAAACUGGACGAGCACUUGCUCAUUGCGCCUUUUUAAUUUUCCUAACACGGGUCGAGGUCUGCAGGCACUUUGUUCAAUUUCCAAAGGUGAUGUCCUCGUCAGCAUCCCAAAGGAACUUAUCAUCACGUGUACAAGUGCUAUUAAAUCUCCCCUUAUGGAUCAAAUUUUCAAACGCUCGUGCAGUAGCAGUUUGUUUCCAAUAGCUCAACAAAUUCUGGCAACUUUCCUCUUGCUUGAGCAAAGAAAGGAAGAGUCUGAGUGGCGUUUGUACCUUCAAAGCAUCCCAAAGAGUUUUACUACGCCUCAUUUUGCCACUGACCUUAACAAACUGCCUGAUUAUUUGAGUGAUAAAGUUAAAUCUGAAAUAUUGCGAGUGAAGAGUUCCUUGGACUGGGCCAAUCAGGAGCUGCAAAGAUGCAAGAUCGAGAAGUUUUUGUGGCCUGAGUACCGCUGGGCCUGGUUCGCCGUAAACACCAGAGCCGUCUUCGUCAAGCCCAGUGAAGACGACAAAAUUUGCAGAGAUAAAGACAACAUUGCUCUGGCUCCCUAUCUGGACCUGCUGAACCAUUCUCCUAAUAUCAGACCUAAUAAGGUCGGUUGGAAUGGUGAUUUUUAUCACAUCGUUGCUUCCGAAUCUUUCAAGAAGCACACCCAAGCUUUCAUCAGCUAUGGAGCUCAUGACAACUUCACCUUGUGUUUGGAAUAUGGAUUCGUUGUGCCUGGAAAUCCAAACGACAGAGUUUUGCUUAGCGAAGAAGAAAUUUUAAAAUCGUUGGAGCCAGAAAAGAAAAUCAAUAAAGUUGAUGGACUUAUGUGGUGUACAAGAGAAGGACUUAAUUGGACCGCUUUAGUUUUUGUGUCCAAAUGCAUAAACUUAAGUGCUGUUAACUUUGCUGAAAAUGAGAAAGUGUUACGAGCAUCGGAAAAAGUUAUCUGCUGCAAAAUUAAAAACCUUGAAUUGCAGAUAGAAAAGUACCUGACUGAAGAUUUGUGUGAAAGUUUGUGUGUUGUAAAAGAGCUUAUUUUGGAGCAUUUGGAUUUGUUAAAAACUGCCCUUUUGGCAACCUUAACGCGUAAUUAGAGCAAUAAAGCAAUCUUUAUAAUUUAUAAUUAACUCUAAAUAAAAUAUUUUAUUCAAA